AUGGAAUACUCGACGAAUCUUUUUGAUGAUAUAUGUUUCAACGAUUUAUUUCCAGACGGAGAUUUUUCAAGCAUUUUAGAUGAUGUUAAAUUUGGUGGUGAAUUGAAUGAUAAUAAUCAAAGUGGGUUUUUAUCACCAUUACCAUCUGUUAAUAAUGAUGAUACGUAUUCUGAAACUCUAAAUGGCAAUCCUUCAUCAGAACUCUUUCGCUUUUCAUCAGAUGAACAACGAGAUAUUGUUGCAAUUGUUGAUGAUAGGCAAAGGAUGCCAAAUUCAACUUUUGAUCAAAAUCCAAGUUUUAUAAACAUGCCGAUCUCCCAACAAACCAUUGAAAAUCAAAAUGUAUUAAUCUACUAUCAAAUGUAUCCAUCGAUAUUUGAUACGAUUGAUGCUUCCAUGUCUAUAAAACAAGAACCCAAGGCAAAUAACCGUAUACGUUAUGAUUGUGAUGGUGUCCGAUUUUUGCCCGGCUCACGAUACCAUCCACUGGCAGCUUAUUGCCAAAAUCUGCGAUCCGUUGUGUUAGCUGAAAAUCAAACGUUGGGAAUCGUCAUGACGAUAGUAACAAGUACAGAUAAUCCCAAUAGUCAAACAUUUGUUCAUGCUAACGAUAUUGUUUAUCGUGAACCAGAUGCAAUUAAAAUUGCAUAUGGGUGCGUCUUUGUUCCUUUAAGACAAUCUGACAUCAACAAUGGUGUAAAAGAAUUUCGACGUCUGUCAAUUUUAUAUAAGAAGUAUAUUGACUAUACGUUUGAUCUUACACCAUUCAAUACAGAUACAAUGUUUGGAAUAACACAGAAAUAUACAGUCAUCAAUGAUCCGAACAUGGAGCAAGUUCCGAAAGGAAAAUGUUUUAAAAGGGACUACGAUCUAUUAUCAUACAAGUUGUUUUUUCAACUUGCUUUAAAAGAAGGUAAUGUAAUAUAUAUUUCAAACAUUACAUGUGAAACUGAAGUUGUUCAUGAACAAAUAAUGACGCAAAAAUCUGGUAAACGAACAGCAUUAUGUUCAGCUGAAAGUCUUUCAGAAGAAGAGGAUAAUUUCAAAACGCAAAUUUUGAAUUCAUCGAAAAAAUUCAAGUCAUCAACACCACCGUUGAUUGGACUUCCGGGAACUCUACGUAUAGAUACGAGAAACGAUGAACAAUUAGCGAUAAAUACAUCGCAUAAUGAAUUAUUACCUGUCGUGCGAUCACAUACGGAAAAGGCAUCCGAAUCAUCAGUUCCUCUUUCGAGUCGUGUCGCUAUAACAAAUUCAAACUCAAAACAAUUACAACUUGUCUAUCCACUCGAAAAUACAUAUCGAGCACGGUAUAAAAGUGAUUAUUUUCCACAAAAUGGUACUGUUCGACGGCCACGUUAUAUUGCUGAUCAUGCAUCGAAUCAUUUUAUAACAUUACAAUUGCCAUCUGAAUAUCAACAUGAUGCACAAAAUGAUUAUAUUCGUGUUGCAUUAAUAACGACAUUGAUUAAAGGUCAUGAACACUAUUAUAGUCCAUAUAAAUUUCAAAAAGAUAAUUAUGAUAUAAAAGUACCUGAUGAAAAUCCGAUAUAUAUUAAAGUAGAAAAUAGUCGAGAAACAAAAUCUAUUAUUCGACUUCAGCUUGUUUUAAUUAAAUCUAAAUUAGAUCAACUUAAUUAUGUUCAACCAUUGAUACGUUUUUCUGAAACAAUUACUCAUGUGCAAAACAUAAUUCAUGAAGAAAAAUUAACACCAAAAGAUUUAAUUAAUAAAUAUCAAUUGGAGAAAUCUCAUUUAGCGUUUACAUUAUGUACAAAACAACCAAAUGGUUUAUAUAAACCACAUUCAGAAACAACAAUUAUCUCAUCGGUUAUUUCUGAAACAUCAAUACCAAAAAAAGCAGGUGACUCAAUUAAUCAACCGGUUGAACCUAAUGAAUUUGAUAAAUAUCUUGGACCAACACUUCUAUCAAGUAAUAAAAUCAAAAAUUGUAACAUACUGAUCAACUAUUUCCUUUCAGCUUUCAGUUUUGAUUGUUAUGAAAAUUUGCUCGUUACCAAUGAUUUACCAGAUUUUACUAUUGACGAAAAGAAAAAUGUAAAAUCAAAUAAGAAACAAAUUCCUCUUUCAUCAUCAGUUGAUAUAGGCGUACCAAAAGUAUUAUUGAACUCAUCUCAAAAAAUUGAAUUGGUUUAUGAGUUAGAAGAAACAUUUCGGCCACGAUAUAAAAGUGAUUAUUUUGCUCAAAGUGGCAAAACACGAAAACCACGAUAUGUGGCCGAUCGUCACAACAAUCAUUAUAUUUCACUUAGAGUGCCGCCCGGUAUUCGUGGUAAAAUUCGAGUUGAUUGGCUUACAAUUGCUAAUGAAAAUGGUGAUCGAUAUACUAUGCCAUAUCAGUUUCAAGCCAACAAUGACUCAUCUGAAAUACCUGAUUGUAAUCCUAUUUUUCUAGACAUUGAAACUGAUUCUUCAGGUAUUAUGAGACUUUAUUUAGUAUUAAUUAAAGCAAAGCAAGAUGCAUUAAAAACACUUCAACCACUUCAACCAUUUCAUCCUUUUCAAGAUGUUUUAGGAAAAAUCGAUAAACCAACUUCAGAAAAAAUGUCGAUAUUAACACCAAAACAAUUAAUACAAAAAUACCAACUAUGCAAAUCGCAAUUGGCAUUUACAUUAUGUUCAUUAAGUACAGAUGGUAAAUCAUGUACAACUGAAUGGGAUACAACAGUUUAUUCCACAGUUCUGAAAGAAGAUGCUGCCGAUAGUUCAACAGAAAAAACUGUUGCUUGUCCAAAGUGUUCAUUUCUAAUAAAUGUUAAUGAUGAUUGUGGUAUAGAUCAAGAAACAAUAACAAAUAAACGAAAAAAGUUGCCAAUCAAGACUUGCAAAUCGAAAACAGUAAAGAAACAAAAAUCUUUGCCCGACAUAAUUUAUUACACUGAUUAA